AUUCAAUGGGUAUUAAUUUUCGGAAUAACACAUGAAAUUAUGGCCGUACAAUUGAUCACGUCUAAACCCUCAGGGCUAUUUUUGCGGGGAGCACAAAACUAUAUGCCCAAACUCCUACUAAUUUUUCCUAUUUCUGCGAGUACUCCUGAUGACAAAUGAAUUAAGCGAAUUAAGCGCGGAAGUGCGGGAUGUGGUGGAUCCGGUGGAUUUGGUGGACUUGGUGGAGGUUGAAUCAAUAACCACCUCCACCCAUUUAUUUUCCAUGAUUAAUGUGGAGGUUUCGUAGAUGCAGAAUGAUUCCAAUAAAUGAAGCAACCUAUCCUUUAUAUAUUUCUUUCUAUAAACUUAAUCAGUAGUUUUUUGGAGAAUUUAGUUAUCAGUAAUUAAUCAACAUGACUCUACCAAAUGGCCAACAAGUGCCAAUUGUAUCCUACAUUUCCGAUGAGUUCACCGAUGAGCUUCCUAGACCAUCUCCACCAAAGCGUCAUAUCAUGGACUUGUUAUCAUUAAAAGGCAAAGUUGCUGUUGUAACCGGUGCUUGUAGGGGUAUAGGGUAUGCCGUUGCUGAAACAUAUGCUGAAGCAGGAGCUACUGUUAUUCUCGUUGAUUAUGUGGACUGUUCCAAACAGGCUUUGGUAUUAGGGGCACAACACAAAGUAGUUACUAAAUCUUUCCAAUGUGAUGUGCUGAAAGUUGAAAAUGUUGAAGCUACCAUUCUUGCUAUUGAACUAGAAUUUGGUACCAUUGAUAUCUUCGUUGCUAAUGCUGGGAUUGUUUGGAAAACAGGAAAUAUCACUGAUGAGGCUAACAAAGAUGGUACCACUUGGCACAAUCUUAUGGAUGUAAAUUUGAAUGGAGUUUACUAUUGUGCCCAACACGUUGGUAAAAUCUUUAAAAGAAAAGGUAAAGGAUCAUUCAUCAUAACUGCUUCCAUGUCUGGUUCUAUUGCCAAUGUUCCUAUGAACUUAACUCCGUAUAACGUUAGUAAAGCUGCAGUUAAGCACCUUGCUAAAUCCUUGGCUGUUGAAUGGGCUGGUUUUGCUAGAGUAAAUUCUAUCUCUCCGGGGUAUUGUGAUACUGGGCUCAAUGAUCAUUUAUCCAGAGAAGCACGUGGAAAAAUGUGGUCUUUGGUUCCGUUGGGCAGAGAGGCUUUGCCUUAUGAAAUUGCUAGUGCAUACUUAUAUUUAGCUUCCGAUGCUGCUUCGUAUGUUACUGGCUCUGAUCUUGUAAUUGAUGGUGGUUACACUUGUAUCUAAGUUCUGGCAACUUUUCAAGCUCGACCCUAAUUUUUAACUAGCAUUAAAAAGAAACGAUUUGCAAUCGAUUCACAUAAACUUCAACAUAUAAAUGGAUAGUUUUUCCUUAAUACUAGAAGU